GGUGAUGCUGCCGGCGCUGUGCAAGCGCGCCCUCUCGCUCGACCUCAAGGAGAGGACCGGCGCUGUCCACAUGGCGGCGGAGGUGCUUCUCGCCCUCUGCCGCGCUCGCCACGCGGGCAGCGGCGCCGCGCUGCCGCCCGAGCUGCGCAAGGCGAUCUCGGGCGUGGUGCCCGCCGUGGAGAAGGCGCGUUUGUACCGCGGCCGGGGCGGCGAGGCGAUGCGCGGCGCUGUGUGCCGCAUGCUCGAGGUGUGCGCGGCGGUGCGGAUGCCGUGCGGUCCGAAGGCGGCGCUCCGCAGCCUCGCCUCCCUCGACGACAGCAUCAAGCACCCGACGGAGCAGAUCUCGCUCGCCGCGGUGGCGGCGCUGCGGCAGCUCUCCCGCGCCUACUUCUCGGAGGGCGGCGGCAGCACGGGCGGCGGCAGCGCGGGCGGCAGCACGGGCGGCGGCAGCAGGGCGGCUGGCAGCGGGCAGAGCGCUGGCGGCGGCGGGGAGGACGCCGGCGGCGGAGGCGCUGCUGGCGGCGGGGAGGCGGGGCAGGCGCCGUUGGACUUGGUGGCGCGGUACGCCAUCCCUCUGGGCAAGGACCCGAACGCGGGGCUGCGGCGCGGGCAUGCGCUUGCCCUUGGCGCCUUGCCCUCCCCCCAGCUGCGCGCCUCCCUCCCUGCCGCCGUCGCGGCGCUCGUCCAGGCGUCGCGCCCGGAGGCGGUGGCGGAGCUGCGCGACCCCGAGACGCGCCGCAACGCGAUCUCUGCUCUGGUCGAGCUCUCUCAGACGGCGGGGCUCGUCGCGACCGGCUCCGAGGGCGGCUUGGCCACGCCGACGUCUCCUCGCCUGCACAUGCGCGCGCUGUGGACUGGCGCGGCGUGUCUGGACGCCUUUGGGGACUACCAGACGGACAACCGAGGGGACGUCGGCAGUUGGGGGGAGGCGGAGGCCGAGGCCGAGGCGCUGCGGGCCGCGCUGCCUUCGCUCUGCCAGCGGCUCGCCGCGGCCCUCUCCCAGCAGGCCGCCGUCGAGAAGAUCGACCGCGUGCGCGAGCUAGCCGCCGUGUCGCUCUCCGCGCUGCUGAGCGAGAAGCGGUUUCCCGCGGUCGCGCGCGCCCCCGAGCUGCGCCGAAUCUUCGUGCACGACCCGUCCGACUCCACCUGCACCGCGCCAGCCACGUCCGCGGACUUCCUCGUGCCCGCUGUCUGCUGGGCGCCGCUCCUCGCGCUGAGCGAGUACCGCCUCCCCGCGCUGCGGGGGCUCAGCGCGCCUCGCCGCCACCUCCAGUGUGUCGCCUCCGACCUGCUGCUGCUGCUGCGGCAGCACCGGAGGGAGGCGAGGCUGGCGCUGCCGCUCCUCCGCACGGCGCCAGCGGCCCGGUCGAAGGAGGCGAGGGCGGUGCUGCUGCUGCCAAGCGCCGCCGGGCCCUUCCUCCGAGCGCUGCUGCGUGCGGUCUUGCUGCUGCUCGGCCACCGCUACCCAAAGGUUCGCAAGGCGGCGGCGGACGCGCUCUACACGGCGUGGCUCGCCGACCUCGAGGCGGCGGAGCUGGGCUACUGAGGGCGAGGCGGGUGCGGGGCGGUCGGGGCGGCGCGGGCAGCAGGAGCGGCAGUGGGACAAGCCCUCCCCCUGAUGCGCCGUAAAUUCAUAUGAAAUUGGUUUCGGCGUCCC